GUCCGGUCGGUUACCCGGACUCUUUGCCUUCGAGCGAGCGCCGUCACUAAACGGUGCAACAAGGAUAGGCACGCGUGCUAUGACAGUGCGCGUGAGGGUCCAUGUGAAUUACCUGAGCUGUGUGUGAGCAGGAGAGACACCGGUCACAGAAGAGUGAAUGCGCACCAAUUCUACUCAUUCAGCCAAUGUAGCAGCUUAGCGCACAGCAGCGGACAGAGUCUGAGAGAAACGGAGGCCAGACCGGGAAAAGGAGCGCCUAUGACAGCCUCCCUGGUUCUAAACCCUCGCUGGCCAGCGGAAACGGUAAUGUUUGUGUAUGAAAACAACCUGGACGACCUGAACAAGAACAUGGAGGGGCUGGUGGGCAGCGGCAACUUCGCCGCCAGUCAGUGCCGCAACAUUAUGGCACACUCGGCGGCCGCCGCUGCUCUGGGCGGCCACCCGUCCGGCCUGGUGCACUCUUCGGCUGGCUACUCCACAGUGGACGUGUCCGCUUCAGGCUCCGGAGAGACAGGCGCGUCUUCGGGGAAGCAGUGCGCGGCAGGACCGUGUCCGGCGGCCCCUGUGCCACAUCAGAGCUCCUCGGCCACCACCGCGUUACCGUACAGCUACUUUGGUAACGGCUACUACCCGUGCAGGAUGGGGCGGGGUUCUCUGAAGUCGUGCACCCAGGCGGCUGGAGCUGCGCUCAGCUCGCAGUACAUGGACACGACUGUGAGCUCUGAUGAAUACUCAAACCACCGAGCCAAAGAGUUCGCCUUUUACCACGGCUACCCGAGCCCGUACCAAUCCAUGGCCAGCUACCUGGACGUGUCAGUGGUCCAAACGCUGGGCACCGGGGAGCCGCGCCACGACACCCUGCUUCCCAUGGACAGCUACCAGCCCUGGGCUCUGACCAACGGCUGGGGGGGACAGAUGUACUGCUCCAAGGACCAGGGACAGGCCGGACACCUCUGGAAGUCCGCGCUGGCUGAUGUGGUGGCGCACCAGCACGACGGCUCGCCUUUCCGCCGGGGCAGAAAGAAGCGGAUACCGUACACCAAGGUCCAGCUCAAAGAACUGGAGAAAGAGUACGCAGCAAACAAAUUCAUCACCAAGGACAAGAGGAGGAAGAUCUCAGCCGCGACCAACCUGUCGGAGCGGCAGAUCACCAUCUGGUUCCAGAACCGGAGGGUGAAGGAGAAGAAGUUCGUGGCCAAAGUGAAGACCAGCGCGCCGUAGCACGCAGGUUACUGCGCUUUCGGACAAUUUAGUGACUGACCUUGGUGUAUUUGCGUGUUAUACAUUAAGGACGAACUGAGAGAAAAAGGAGGGAAAAUGAAGAAACUCGGCGAGGUACUCCUGACGCACUGUGACUGUGCGUCAACGAAUCGAGGAAAAAAGGCGAAUUAAAAGAAAAGAAAAAGCGACGUUGAGGACAAAGUCAGAUAAAAGAAAAUUACCAAAGCUCUCUGAGAAACCUUCUUACCAGAGGCAUCCUGUAAAUACAGCACCUUCCCGCCUGCUUUGAUAUAACUGUCUGUCUAGUGUCUGUGUUUUACUGUUUGUCAGUGUUGUCCGUGGCCACAGCCUAUAGCCGAAAACACACUAUUAUGCUGUUCAUAUUGUUUAUAACCCCUGUAAACCAUUAAUCAAAGUAUAGUGCAACACUUAA